AUGGGUAAUCUAUGGCGAGUUCCAACUGUGGGUCCAACAGUUCCAUCCAUGUACUUGGAUAGGACGACAGCUUACGGGAUCAAUCUCACUAAGCCAGAGUCCAGCGCGUGUACAUUCUGGAGCUUGGCAGAAAUUAACGAGCAACAAAUGGAACAAUAUGGCUUUAGCUUGAAAGACACCAAGUUGAAGUUUCUCUGGGUAAUGCGGAUGAAAAAGAAAAGCUUCCAAAACACUUUCAUUGAUGAAACACAAACGUUGGAUGAAGAAGGCCGGGUUGUAUCUUGGUGUCCGCAACUUGUGGGUUCAGCCCAUGAAACGAUUGGUUGUUUUGUUACUCAUUCUGGGUUGGGUUCAAGAGGUAGGAGUUCCCAAGGUCGGAUCAGCCCACCACUGCCAAGUAUAUUCAGGAUGCUUGUGGUGUUGGAGUAA